AGUAUAUCCAACCGGUGAAAUGUGUCCAACCUGCGAAACAAGGCACAAUAUGUCGCGUCGCCCACAGUCUUCUCCUGUUUAAAAACCCAUGCACCUCGAUUGCCAACUCCUCAGUCACCCAACCUUUAUACACGCUCAUCCAAUUUUGAAAACUUUACUCCUCAUCGACCAUGAUGCACUUUGCUGCCCUUGUCGUUCUUGCAGUCAGUGCAUCGGCCGUCCCUGGUCUUGCUGCUACUCUUCUUCCUCAAAGCUCGUAUGUCAAUGUCUUUCUCAGACAGCCACCAAACAGGCCCACUGAAUAUAUUCCUAGCCAUUUACAGGCUAAUCCCAAACGCGACCCUAUGUGGGCACUAACGGCAAACCACUACUCUACUAACGUGUUGACAGCAUUAUCGAUUACUCGACCCCGUCACCUGUCCCAUCAGUGCAGCAUGUUGACAGCAAGACAUCUCCGGGCGACGCCUUCAUCGCUGUCUACCCCAAACAGAUCCCUGGGCAAGGCCGCAGACUCUGCCACUACCAAACGUGAUACUGACGACUCCAUCCAGCGGUCCCCUCCAGUCCGAGUUUGGCCUUACUUCGAUGACGUUUAUCCUGCUAGUGCAGCAUGUUAUGUAUGAAUGCUAACGUCUUUGUAUGAUAGCGCGAAGGUGCUCAGCGGGGGAAGAUUAGAUGUGUCGGGGGAAGAGACUAGAUCAAUAUUUGAAGAGAUGGAAAGGGGAUGAUAUUUAUAUGCAUGAGGGUAGUGAUAGGAAUGUCUGGAAUCGCGGUUAAUGAGAAAGGAGGAUAAACAAAUCUUUGUGAGCUCAAUCGAUUCGCUAGAGGAUUGAAGGAGAACAAACAAACAAAAAAGCGCAGCUCACGACGUUGAACGUCUCCUUCGGGGACCAACCCAAACACUUGGAGAUGCGAUUGACAGGAAGCGAGAAAUGUAAUUGCAAGAAUGACGUGCGCCCAUAAUGCAAGAGUAGGACGAUUACAAAGUGGGGGCGGAGCAUGGGAGACGUUGCUGAGCACAGGAGUCCAUGAUAGUGUCAGAAUUCGAAAUGCGAUCGUUACUAAUGGAAGAAUACAUAUAGACAGAGGUAGAAUAAUUUCAAUCCUGCACCAAUACUCC